UGGAAAAAUUUUAAAUAGAUUUCGACAGUCGAGGAUUAAAGAUGUUACCUCUAUGGAUUCCAAAGCCGAUUUUUCUGCUGCUCCUCCUGAUUACAUUGGGUAUCAUCCAGCAGUCCAAGGCAGCUAGUUUCUGCACCAAAGCUGAUCAAUGUGCCUUGGAUGAGGAGAUCAAGCCAGUUGCUGCUCCAGUUCAAGCCCGUUACGACCACACUCGCAUCUACCAAGUGGAAUUGGCCAGCGAAGAGCAUGUUCGGAUUUUCCAAGCCUUGGAACAGGCCAGCGAUUCGUGCUCCUUUAUGGGACACGCCCGCAAGCCAGGUCAAAAACUUACCAUUAUGGUUACUGCUGCCAAGGUGGCUGACUUCGAUGACCUGGUGCACAGCUACAAUGUGACCCACAGGGUGCUGAACCACAAUUUUCAGGCUCUGAUCGAUGCCAAUUAUCGCGAGGUGGCUCCCGAGGGAACUGCACCCGAACAAUUCGACUGGAUACGCUAUCAUCCACUGGAGAACAUCUACGCCUGGCUGGAGAACUUGGCCAAAAAGAGACCUGAUGUGGUUAGCCUGGUGGAUUUGGGUUCCAGCACUCAGGGAUUGCCCAUCAAAGGUGUGAAGAUUGCUUUUGGCAAGGAGAAUCUACCGAGUGUCUUUGUGGAAAGUGGCAUACAUGCUCGUGAGUGGAUUGCUCCAGCUACAGCCACUUACAUCAUCGACCAACUGCUAAACUCUGAGGAUCCUGCCAUCCAGGAUUUGGCUCGAUCCCAAAAUUGGUACAUUUUUCCCACAGUGAAUCCCGAUGGCUAUCGCUAUACUUUCCAAGGAGAUCGCAUGUGGCGUAAGAACCGUGCUCUUUUCGGAAUCUGCCGUGGAGUGGAUCUCAAUCGGAACUUCCCCUUCCACUGGAACGUAACAGGAGCAAGUGGAGAUCCCUGUCGCUAUGAUUACUCUGGACCAUCGGCUGGCAGUGAGCUGGAAACCCAAAGGAUUGUUCAGUUCCUCGAACAACACGUUCAAACCGAUCGCAUACGCACCUUCAUAGCUCUGCAUAGCUACUCGCAGAUGAUAAUGUUUCCCUAUGGACACAGUGCAGAGCGCGUGGAAAACUACCAGGAUCUGAAGGAGAUUGGCCAACUGGCAGCUCAGCGGAUCAAGGAUGUGAGCGGUAGAAUCUACAAGAGUGGCAGCAUUUACGAAACAAUCUAUCCCUCGGCUGGUGGAUCAAAGGAUUGGGCUCAUGGUCACCUGAAGAUACCGAUCACCUUCUCUUACGAGCUACGUGGACCGGCGGACAGCGAGGAUCUGUUUAUUUUGUCCGCCAAGGAGAUCGAACCCACGGCCAUCGAAGCCUUUGCCUCGCUGCAAACAAUCGUGCAGGAGGCCGGCAAACGUGGCUAUUACCAGUGAUCACUGGAUCCUCAGCUUCUUGGCUCCGAACUGCAAGCCGCAAACGGCAAUUGCAACUGCUAAACAAAAUCCAAAUCCAAAUCCAAGCGGAGCCAACAUCUGAUGGGGACGAUGAUGAUGAUAAAUGUCGUCUGGCCUGGCAGUUCACAUGAAAAACACAUUACGCGCCAUCGUUUCUUAAUGCUAAAUAAUGAUGGCAAAAUCAUGACACAAAACCUCAUAAUAAUGUUGGUAAAUCAAAGCAAAUAUAGUCAGGCUCGAACAACCUAACAAAAAUAGUUGCAACUAUUACAGUUA